AUGCCUCCAAAAAAAAAGAAUGCUCGGCGUAGCACACCUGUGGGAGAUACCGUGGCCAAACAGCGGAAGAAGCCUCCGCGGCUGUGUGGAAGGGCGAGACCAAGAACAGAUUCAGUCAUCAACGAUACUCAGCCCCCGGCAUCACAUGCAGGAACAGAGACUGUGAAUGAACCCAAGUGGAGCUUCAACAGCACAGUGGAGGAAGUUCUCCUAAAAGGAAAUGUUCGUCAAACCAAUUUGAUGCUGAAUGACUUUCUUCGUGAACAUCUUCGCGGGAGAGGUGUUGAAAAAGCCAAUGAGAAUGUCAGUAUGGAAGCGUUUGCCAUUAGACCUAAGAGAUACAUCGAAGAUGAGGAGUUGAUUAAAGACAUACGUGCAAUGCCGUUAUUCAUAGCAAUAAUGGAUGAAAUGUCACGUACUGAAGAGGAAAUGAUGAUGAGGGAGGUUGUAGACGAACUCAACGAGUCCGGGGUUUAUUCACUCAGGCAGUGGAAUGUCUACACGGCGAAGGAUCAGGUUAUCCUGCCAGCAAGGACAAUAUUGAACACAGCCUUUAGAGUUGCAAAGAAUUUCUUUCCGGUUUUGAAAGGUGAAUUGAUGGCGGGGGUCUACGAGUCUGUGUUCAACGCUACAUGGAACCAUGUGGUGGAAGUCCCUGGUGGGAGGGGAAUUGGAAUGGAGGUGAGGGAAGGUAGGCCGUCGAGGGAAUGGAGCGACAACGAGGUGGACUAUGCGCCUCCUGGUGGGGCAAACGAGAACGCGGAGAACGACAAUGGAGGGACACUGAUGGAUCCGCACGAACCAUGCCUCCAGUUAAUGGUACUCAAUUCCGCAAAAGGAUGGCCAUACGAGUUCUGCAGGGCUAAUUCAAAGAACGACUGUUACAUUGGCCGAGAAACAGAACGAGUUUGGCGCAUCAUUAAGCAUGAUUUGGACAAAUGGUUUGAGAGCUGUUGUGGAGAUGCUGUGGGUCCAGAAAAGCGCAUUUUGAUUGGGACACCUGGUAUAGGGAAGUCAAUGGGAGCUGGUUCGUAUCUCCUCUACCAACUGUUGCACUAUGACAAGCAACGACUUCCAGUGGUUGCAUACUUCAUUGCAAGAAAAAUGUAUCUCUUUGACAAGACCGGAGGUGAAGAAGAAGGACGCGUGGAGUGCUACGAAAGCAUUGAAGAAGGAGAGAAUGCCGUUGUACGUCUAUCCACCAACUUGGGGGGAUACAUUAUCUAUGAUGUGAUGUCUCGACACGAGAAGCCGUCGGUGAAUUUACCUCCCGAUGGGUGGGGUAUGAUUGUGGUGACAAGCCCGGAUGAGGAUACCUUUAUGGAAUGGGAGGAGCAGAGGCGAGGGCGGCGUAAUGUUAUGAAUUGCUCCAGCAUAAAUGAACUGAAGGCGAUGUGCGUGUGGAUUAACCGCAAUGAGCUAGAUGAGGAACAACAGAAAGAAUGGAGUAUCGUUGAGGAGCGUAUAAACAAAGUGGGACCGAAUCUUCGUCCUAUUUUUUCCAGGUCUACUUACGACGAAUAUGCUCAGGAAAUUGAGGAUGCAUUAUUUCGGAUUACUCGGUCUUUUGAUAGUGUAUUUGCAGGCGCCAAUGACUAUGACAUCUGGAGAUUUUCGAGCCCGUGUGAAGUCCUCGGGAAAGCCGUCCGUCAUCCUACAGGUGAUAUAUUUGAUGACUACUUCAACGAACCAAUGUCACUUGCAAUAGAGGAGGCACUGAGAACUCGCCCAAGGUAUGGUAGGAACCCACAUUGUAAGAUGAUGUGA